AUGGGCGGGAUCAACCUGGUGGUGGUGGGGAGGAUGAAGGGAAACGACAGCGGCAGUAUCUGCAAACACAAGGAAGGUUUCCACGGUCAAGCCCAGCCGCAGCAGCAUCCGUCCAAACAGCCGCAGCAUCCUCCGGCAGCUCCCAUUCAUCACCCGCAGCAUCUGCAGCUUGUAUCGACGUCCCCACCGACUCUCAAAGCGACCCAGUCCAGCCCGGAGUCCGCGGAGGACGAUAAGAGGAGCCCGUCCUGCAAGUCUCUGGUUCCGCAGACUCCUUCGACACUGUGCCGGUCCGUUGGACUCGCCAGGAAACCGGAGAACCAGACAGUUCUACACCAGUUUUGCUGUCCUGCUCCAGACGCCCCUGAGUCUGACUCUCAGGCCUGUGUACCCAGUGAAGAGCCACCCUCCCCUUCUCCCAUUGCAACACCAUCACCUGCCGCAUCGCCACCACCUGGGGUGACUUCCACCAGUGCCAUCCAGCCCGAGGUCCAGGUGGCACCUCAGGUUGCAGGGAGCACCGUGACAUCUGUCGAUACAGGAGGGGGAGAUGGGGAUAGAGAUGGAGGUGAAGCACAAGAGAGAGGGAAUGCAGAGGUGGAGAAGGAAGAUGUGAGGGUACAAGUGAUUGAAAAGGAGGAAGAAAAACCCCAGGCUCACCCACCACAACCAAUGCAGCAAGACGUUAAAAAGGAGACAGAGGAGCUGGAAAAGGAAAUAGCAAGUACAGGAGGCACAGGAAGGAGGCCAAGCUUGCAUCACACUGCUUCGCCAAUCAGAGUGCAGAGGAAUGGAGCAUGCUGCCACUCUACAACCUCCGACUAUGAACUCUCGCUCGACCUCAAAAACAAGCAGAUCGAAAUGUUAGAGCACAAAUAUGGGGGCCAUCUCAUCUCACGCCGUGCUGCUUGCAAGAUCCAGACAGCCUUUCGCCAGUAUCAGCUCAGCAAAAACUUUGAGAAGAUCCGAAACUCCCUCCUCGAAAGUCGUUUUCCACGCCGUAUCUCCCUGCGAAAAGUGCGGGUGCAAAAUACAGAGGGCAUCUCAGCUGAACGGGCACUGGCUGAAGGCUGCAAUCUGACAAGUAUCCCCCUUGUCCGGUCCCCAUCCCUGCCUACCACAGUAGGCGGCUCCCUCACAGAUCUUGAGGAUUCCUUCAAUGAGCAAGUCCAGUCUCUUGCCCAAUCCAUUGAUGAUGCACUUAGCAACUGGAGCAUGAAGACCAUGUGUUCACUCCAAGAAGGUGGCACCUACCAGUUUAGCUCAGAGGCCUUUAGUACAGCUGGUGGCAAAACUGGGUUGGCAGGAACUGUCCGAGAAGGUGGCCCCAUGGACUCUGCCACAUUCCAUAGCGGAAAAGGCCAAGUAGACAAUUCUGAGAACGUGGCCCGGAGUGCCAGCAAGCUGAUGAUGGCCUUUCGGGAUGUGACAGUUCAAAUUGACAGCAAGAAUUUUCAUGUGUCCUCUUCCGUUUUGGAGUCCUCCACCUCUGUUUCUCUUGGUAAUUGUGUCCAGCAGGGGGCCAUAAUUACUGAGUGCCCACAGCAACCUCUGGUUAAUGCAGCAAAGGAACAACAUCAACAAGGACAGCCACCGGCAUUUCCCCAGGAUCCAGCUCCUCCACCCCUAGAGCGGGAUGCUGAGGAAGUACCAGAUGGCGACUUCCCAGAUCCUCCUCCAAGUGAGGAGGAGCUUGUGGAGGAUCUUCCACCUCUGGAAAUGGAGAAACAGGAAGUUCCAGAACCAGCAAUUCCGGCAGAGAAAGCAAUAACCUCUGAAACCUUGUCCCCACCAGAGGUUGCAGAGAUGCCAGUCACCCCGAUUGUAGAGGUUUUGGAAGCCAAACGAAUUGAGUCAGACACAGCGGACAACAGCUCAGAGCAGAUGAGUAGCAGCAGUACAUCCACAUCAGCCCGGUCGACUUCUGAAGUCUCGUCCAAAGAGGCUUUACAGGCCAUGAUUCUUAGCUUGCCCCGAUACCACUGCGAAAACCCAACAAGUUGCAAAUCUCCUACCCUCUCCACUGACGUCAUGCGAAAACGCCUAUAUCGUAUUGGUCUCAACCUCUUCAACAUAAAUCCAGACAAGGGCCUCCAGUUUCUCAUCUCUCGUGGGUUCAUUCCAGAUACGCCUAUAGGUGUUGCACACUUCCUGCUCCAGAGGAAGGGGCUGAGUCGACAGAUGAUCGGCGAGUUUCUUGGCAACAGCAAGAAGCCGUUUAACAGAGAUGUGUUAGACUGUGUGGUGGAUGAGAUGGAUUUCUCGGGGAUGGAGUUGGAUGAGGCUCUGAGGAAGUUUCAGGCUCAUAUCCGUGUGCAAGGCGAAGCGCAAAAAGUGGAGAGACUGAUAGAGGCAUUCAGCCAGCGUUACUGUAUGUGUAACCCAGACGUGGUGCAGCAGUUCCACAAUCCUGAUACAAUCUUCAUCCUUGCGUUUGCCAUCAUCCUCCUCAACACGGACAUGUACAGUCCCAACAUCAAACCCGACCGGAAGAUGAUGCUGGAAGACUUCAUCCGCAACCUAAGAGGGGUUGACGAUGGUGCAGAUAUUCCACGGGAUAUGGUAGUGGGAAUAUAUGAGCGUAUUCAACUGAGGGAAUUACGAUCGAAUGAAGACCAUGUCACUUAUGUCUCAAAGGUGGAGCAAAGCAUUGUGGGAAUGAAAACGGUUCUGUCAGUGCCUCACAGGAGACUGGUGUGCUGCAGUCGACUGUUUGAAGUGACUGACAUCAACAAAUCCCAGAAGCAAGCUGCUCACCAGAGAGAGGUCUUCCUCUUCAACGACCUACUUGUGAUUUUGAAAUUGUGUCCAAAGAAGAAGAGUUCAGCUGCCUACACCUUUUGCAAGGCCAUGGGGCUACUGGGCAUGCAGUUCCACCUGUUUGAAAACGAAUACUAUCCUCAUGCCAUCACUAUUGUGUCUCCGUGCUCGGGCUCUGAUAAGAAGCAGGUGUUGAAUUUCUGUGCUCAGAGCGCAGAGGAGCUGCUCAAGUUCAUAGAGGACCUGAAGGAGUCCAUCGCUGAGGUGUCAGAGAUGGAACAGAUACGUAUUGAAUGGGAGUUGGAGAAACAACAGGGAGCCAAAUCUCACUGCAUCAAAAACAACGGGACUCAGCUUGAACUGAGGGGAAGACAAGGUUCUCCUUCAGGCAAACAGGAAAUGAACCCGUCACAGAGCGGACACAAUGCUGUAGAGGUGUCAAUUCACAACAGGCUUCAGACGUACCAGCUCAACGUGGCACCUCAGAGCCCUGAGCGCAAUGCCCUUCUCAACCACCAGAGAGAGCUCUUCCAGCAGCCUCCGUUGCAAUGCGCCAGCCCCACACCCUCACACUCCUACCAGCCCAUGGCCCUGGCCGAGAUACGACCCGACACGCUCAUCCAGUGCCAGCAAAUCGUCAAGGUCAUCGUCUUGGACAAAGGCAGUCACGGACGCAUGGAGGCGUUCCUUAGCCAGAGCCCCACUCAUCACCAGCUCAUCCAGUCUGUCGUCUCCACACCAGUGCACUCACCUGAUGACGGAGUCAACCAUGGGGGGAACGAUGGCUCACAACCGCCUUUGCCUCCACCGCCACCACCAUAUAAUCACCCUCACCAGUAUAUACCCCCAGAUCCCCGCCUUGCACUGCAGAGAACCCCAAGUGGCUCUCGUAGCCUUAUAUAGAGUUCAAACCAAUAACUAUAAAACACUCCAGGCGCACUUUUGACAGUAUUUAUCUACAUAUGUAUAUACAUGAAAGAAAUAUAAUGAAAAAACUUUAUUAAUAUGCAUAUAUUUAAGGUAAGAAUUUAUUGACUUUGCAGAUAUGUGAAACAACCAAUACGAAAAUACGAUUUACCUAAUUGCUGUGUAUUUUGAAACGUUAUGUAGUUUUAUCAAAUUUAUAUAACAGUUCUCGUCUUUCUGGACGUGCUCUGAGGUUAUAUCGUUGAGUACUUGUUCUUGACAGGAUUUCUCUGGUGCAUUUUGUUAUAAACAAAAUGAUUUCACGAAAUAAUGUGACACCCGACAACAUUGGUUUCAAUUCCACCGACACUUGUUUUUGUGCAGGAGCUGGUUUUAUGUGUAAAAUCACCCUUUUUGGCUUUUAUUAUCCUACUGAUGAGUCUAUUUAGUGUGUGUGUAUGCUUUCGACUGGAAAAUGAUAUAUGUGCCAAAAUGAGGACUCCCUCCUCCAUGGACUUUUUGCACUGUUGAACGCUUAGGGCUAGAGCAAACAUAUGCUUAAAUCAACGAUCAUUUAGAUUCCCUCUAUGUAGACAGACGUUAAAAAAAAGAAGAAGAAAAAAAAAACUUAUAAAUGAUACCAUUAGCCACAAAAUGUUUCAUCCCCCACUUCUUAUGUGGUGAUGUUGUAUUCCUGUGAAAUGUGAAUUACUUCCUAAUUAUCACCUGUCUUUGAAAAUGUCUUUUAUGUCACUCCUUUUAACUGAUAUAUGUGUGUAAAUUGAGAAUGUAGAAAGUAUUAAGGUUCUUUCACAUGACUUGUGUCAACAUUCAAGUCAAAUACUGCAAUGCGCCUAGCAAAAUUAGGAUGAUUUCAGUUUUGAUCGGCUUCUGAUCUUUUUAAACAUAACCAACGAUUAGCAGACUUAUCAUGGCUUAUCAUGUGAGCAGUGCCAAUGCAAAAAUGAAAACAAGAAAUGUUCUACAAGAUAACAUAAUUUGCUAUUGGUGUCCAAAUAUAGCACUAUUUAUUUGCAUGUGCUUUCUUUAUUGUUUUAGUACCUGAUACAUUAAUUCCAGCAGACUUCCACAAUAUGGUAUGCUUUAUUAGGACAGUACAGUGUUGCUUCACCACUGUGAUCCAGUGGCUUGACUUCAGUUGACUGAAGUCAACUCUUCUCCAUCGUUUGAUCAUUAUUUGAAAAUGCAUGGCUGCCGUGAUCUCUAAAAAAUGUAGAGUUGCAAGCAAAUAGCAUGAACAUGAGACAAACACAAUUUAAUUAAUUUAAAUGCACAUGGCACUUGACCAGCACAUUUAGUGUGCAUUUAAACUGGAUUUUGGGUGGUUUGUGAAUGCGAGGUUUUUGUUGCUGAAAUAUCGGCAUUGUGCUAACUGUGUAGCGGAAUUUCUGAAGUGCCAGCAAUGUUUCUAUGAUGUAGCGGUGCAAACAGUGGGACUUUUAUCCUGUUUAAAGCUCAAAUAUGUGUUACCUCUUCCGUUGGCUUUCACUGCGUAUUUACUACCUAGCAACUUCGUAAAAAAUGCUUUUGCCUUUGAAGGUCAAAGUUCAUAGAGGGUUGUGUUAAAGCCCUGACACGAGUCAUGUGAAAGGACCUUUUAUGUGUGGCAACGUAUCACGGCUCAAUGACGGAAAAAAGAGCCAAUCACAGCCAGCGAAUGGCUAUAGUUCUCAUGCUCAGGAAUUUCAGAGAGUACCUGAAAGAAGAUGGAGAUCUUUUAAUGCUUGUACUUGAACUUUAUGUAGCAACUUGGAACAUAUAAGGCCCUUGUGAAAAGGCCAUUUGAUCCCAGCAACCAUCUUUGGACAAUGUCUGUUUGUCUGACAGAAUGUUACGUCACUGUCAUCACAUGACUCAGACAAUGUAACAUGGUCUCAUAGUGUUAUUCCUUCAUCAAUAUUCGCAGCUAUAUAAAGCGCCCAAGAGACACCCUUCAGCACCAUCAAACCUAUCUCUGCCGUUUGACUCCUAAAACUCUUGUCUGAAGCUUUUCGAGAGACUUGAGUGACACUUGAAACAUCAACUGAGAUGCACAUUGUUGGCACAAAACA